GACGGAGUUUACACGCUGGACCACGCAUGGGACUGCAUCGUCGGAGAGGGGAGAGCGGGCAGUAGAGGGCGACAACGUCCUCUACUGCCCGCAGAUAAACGGAGAAGGAAGUGACGCGCCACCAUCAGCGUCAGCCUGAAGAAGCCGGCAGCUGUCGGCGAAACUGUAGCUACAAACAGGUAAACAAAACUGUUUCUGUGUUUAAAAAAGAACGAAAGCAUGGAUUUGGGUGUUAUAUUUGAUGAAAGGUUGAUUUGGAAGGAGAAUAUUAGUAACUUAGUUGAAAGAUGUAAAAAUGUGAUAAAUAUUAUGAGGUGUUUAAGGGGUAAUGAUUGGGGGGCUAGUACCAAGGCUUUAAAACAGGUAUAUAUAGCAAUGGUCAGAUCGGUUAUUGAUUAUGGUAGUAUUGUAUAUAGUUCCACAAGUAAAACAUUAUUGAAGAAGAUUGAAGUUAUUCAAAGUCAGGCUUUGAGAAUUUGUUGUGGAGCAAUGAAAACCACACCGAUAGUGUCCUCACAAGUGGAAAUGGGAGAGAUGCCAUUGACUCUUAGAUUCAAGUUGCUGAAAUUAAAUUAUUGGACUAGUGUACAAGGUAGUACAGAGGAUGUGCAUAUGGUUAGGGGAGAGAUGACAGUGGGUGGGCAAUGUUUCAAUGGACAGUAUGAGAGCAUGGUCUGGAAAUCGUGUAGAUUGGCGGAAGCCUUUAAAUUAAAUGAUAUCGUUGUUCUUAAGAAAUUUUUAUAUUCGCCUACUCCGUUUUGGUUAUUUCCAAAAGUGGUGAUAGAAUUUCUUAUUCAAAAUGUAAUUAAAAUACGGAAAGGUGUGGGAAACUGGGCUAAUGUUGUGGAAGAAAGAUUAAAUGACGCUCAUCAAUCAUUCAUCCCUGUAUAUACUGACGGGUCGAGAAAGCCAGGAAAUUUAACAGGACUUUCUUUCUGGAUUCCGAAAUUUAGUAAAUAUCAUAAAAGUCGAACAUCUAAUAAUCUGUCAGUUUAUACAGUGGAAAUGUUAGCCAUUUCAUUUAGUUUACAGGGGAUCGAACAAAACGGUGUUAGGAAAAGUAUUAUUUGCUCAGACUCCAUGUUUGUAUUGAUGUCAAUUAAAGAAAUGUCAGCUGAUAAGAGGUCAGAUAUUUUGUAUGAAAUAUUUGAGUGCUUGUUUAGGUUGAUGAAGACUAAUUCAGAGGUUAGAUUUAUGUGGGUUCCAGCUCACAGUGGAGUAGAGGGUAAUGAAAUAGCUGAUUAUUAUGCAAAGCAGUCAACGAAACUGGAUACUAUGAUGGAGGUGAAAUCAGUUAUUAGACAGCAGAUUCUGGAUGAAUGGCAAGAACAGUGGAUAAGGGACAUGAAAGGAAGACAUUUAUACAAAUUAAAGGGAAAGCUUGGAAGAAUGGAAAUCAUACACAUGAGUAACAGAAAUCAGGCAGUGAUAACAAGGAUGAGACUGGGACUUACAGCUUUGAACAGUACGCUUUUUAUUCUUGGACGGCAUACCCGUAUGUGUGAAUGUGGACUUGAUAGGGAAACGGUAGAACAUGUAUUAUGUACUUGUAGGAAAUAUGUGGGGAAUAGGAAAUUGUUGGUUAACAAAUUAAAAGUUAAGGGAUAUAGGGAAUUUGAGUUGGGUAUUCUGUUAAAUGGGGGAAUAGUGGUGUAUAGGUUAGUCAUAGACUUUUUGAGGGACAGUGGAUUGCUUGAUAGGAUUUAGUUUUUUUUUAAGUAGGAUGCUCCCCACUUCGACUCACACUCCCAUUCAGUAGGUGGCGGAAAUGUACCUGAAAGUUGGUUGCCACCCGCCAUUAAACAAGAAGAAGAAGAAGAAGAAGAAGAAGAAGAAGAAGAAGAAGAAGAAGAAGAAGAAGAAGAAGAAGAAGAAGAAGAAGAAGAAGAAGAAGAAGAAGAAGAAGAAGCAGCUUUGGGACCAUUCUUGUUUGUUACUUUUAGUUAAGGUUAUUUUCGUGGCCAUUUUUUCCUUUGGGCCUGUUUUGUCUUGAUUUUUGUUAAUUAUUUAUGGAAAUAAAUUGAGAAUCUAUUCUUUUUAUACCAUUGUCCUGGAGUUUUACUGCUCGGUCCCUGACAGUUGGUGGCAGAGGUGGGAUGUUCCAGUUAAAGGACAUUGGUAAAUAGAUUCUCCCAAUUUAUUAUUUUUUUCUUUUUAUCCUGACAAAUCUAAAAUGAAAGGAACCAAAUCUGGUAAAAUCAAGCCAGCCCCUUCAGAUAGAGAAGCACAGACAGAGGAUGGGAGAGGGGGCAGUGGAGCUGCUGCUGAAGAGGAGGAUCAUGGCAGAGAGCCAACAAUAUCAGACCUGGCUGGCAUCCUUCAAGCUCACAUUGGACGUUAGGAAGCCCGUGAGGUACAGUGGGAGAAGGAGAUUACACACCAGGAUCAAAGAUUUAAAGAUCUUCAACACCAGUUCAGUCUGUUUCAGCAAGAGUUUCAGGCCCAGACCUCUGCUGGCUUGCUACCUGUAGAGCAAGACCACGCCCGCUUCUCUGCAGAUUUGGGCCUGCAGACCAUGAGAGGCCUCAUGAUGAUGCUGAUUCGGAUGAGGUGGAACCAGAGCCUGCACCACGCUGUUCAAAAUCAGACCGUCACAUUAACGCCAGCCCAUGACUGUAUUCUACAACUUGGGCGCCACCCAAUUAAGGACGUCAGAGAAGCGGUGCGGCAAAAUGUAAAAAGAAAAAAAAAAUGAAGAGGAACAAAAGAAGAGACGGCGGGGGCUUUACAGAAGUUUCUGUCGGGCUGCUCGGGCAGCCGUCCAACAGCUGUGAACCUGCUCGAGUCAGCAGAGCCAGAGGCCAGACCCAGAGCAGACACAGCCCGAAGAUGCGGUGGAAGAUGCGGCGGGAAAUGCGGCGGAAGACGCGGUAGCACCAACGCCGUCACAGAAGGAUGAACUGGAAGAACAGCAGCCAGCCAGAAGUGAGCCCUACAGCCUCUAGACCCAGAAAGGAUGUUAACAAGCUACAUCUGAUCCUGCAAAGUGAGGAAAUCUGGAGACAUAAACCGAAGCUUAACCAAGGAACAUUUCUUUAGACGUGUUUCUGCUGUGACUGAGGCCCUGUGAUGCUGGAAGGCUGAAGAUUAUCCUGGAGUGGAGCGUGCUAAAUGGUUUCCUUGGUAAGUGUUGCUGGUUUUAUUAAUUUUUAUUUUAAAAUAUUUUUAUUAAUGUUUAAAUAACAAAACUAACAAUAAGUUCACACAGAAAAUUGACACAAUUUCUGAUUCAGCAGAGGCAAUAACAGCCUGAAUGAGCAUAAAGCAAGAUCAAAACUUAAGAUAACGUUUUCAUUUUAUUAAAAUACUUUCUUUUAAGAUUAUAGAUUGUAUAAAAUUUAUACUGUAAUAAUUUAAGCUGCGUGUUUAUAGUUUGUUUUUGCACCUUUAAAACAUGCUUCAGUCAAUUCAAAUUAAUCUAUUUCUUCUUGAAUGUCUUUCCACCAUCAUGUGAUUAAUUUGUCAACAUUUAUAAAUGUUGUAAGCUAUUGUAUUUAGCAGAAAAUCUUUUUAAUUAAAUGUAGUGAUUAAAUAUAAACAGAGCAAAUAAGAUGAAUAUAUUUGCUCUGUUUCCAUAGUUUAAUGACACCUAGUGGUUAUUUACUGGUACCGCCUUGACAUUGACACUCCCAAUGGAUAAGAUGAGGAUAAUGUAUUAGCAUUUAAUACAGCUGUGUAAUGACGUAUAAUUAAUAUCAAAAAAUUGUCUGAUAGAAUUUUUUACAUACAAACAACCAAUUUGUAACCAAAGACUAGGCUACGUAAAAUGUGAAUGUACUUUUAUAAGUAACUUUGGUAAGUUUCAGAUUUCAAUUCAUUAAAUAA